AAGGCGUUCCCUCAUUGGACUCUCAUCGUCCCCAGCACUCGCGCUCCACACGACCUGUUCGAUAUGUGCUGGACCUGAUAAAGAUUCUCGCCGCGACGCGAGGCAAAGAACGCAGUCCUUCGAAUUGUAGCAGCGAAGGGGCAAGAACGCAACAAUGGCCUCCCUCACCGCCGUCGCAGCCGUGCAACCGGUGGCCGUGAAAGGCCUCGCUGGGAGCUCCUUCAACGGUAAGAAGCUCGCCCUCAAGCCCUCCCGCCGAGCCGCCCCUCGUGCCAACCUCAGGUCUACCGCCGUGGUUGCAAAGUACGGUGAGAAGAGCGUGUACUUCGACCUCGAGGACCUCGGGAACACCACCGGCCAGUGGGACCUCUACGGCUCCGACGGCCCCUCGCCUUACAACCCUCUCCAGAGCAAGUUCUUCGAGACUUUCGCAGCUCCUUUCACUAAAAGGGGUUUGUUGCUCAAGUUCCUGCUGCUGGGUGGCGGCUCCACCAUAGCCUACCUGGGAGCCACCUCCUCGGGCGACGUACUGCCAAUCAAGAAGGGGCCUCAGCUGCCACCUACUCCUGGGCCGCGCGGCAAGAUAUAGGUGAUUUGUGUGAACAUCAAUCAAACAUGCUCGAUUAUUUUCUCAUCUGUAUUGUCGAUAUCUACCUGUUUGAUCAUCUUCCCAUGUAACACCUGAACCUUUGUACCCUGUCUUACACAUGUUUUACUUAUGCUGAUCUAGAUGUAAGAAGAAUGAUCUGGAAAUGGUUCCUUUCUGUUCAGUUUUAUCCUAUUUAAUCUAAGGGAAUAUACAUCAUA